CUGUUUUGCAGUCAAAGGCUUCUGAAGGAGCUUAUGGUGCAUUUUAUAUGCUGAAUUUUUCAGAUGCAUAAAACCAAAGCAAACAGAACAGGGUAAAAAUGCUUGUCCAGGUGGUUUUAAAUAACUUUGCAUUAUGCAACGUGGUAUUUAAAGGAGUUUUUUCUGUUGAUCUCCAUUUACUUCUUAGAAUAGAUUGUGGUUACCAAUCAUCGGUAAUGCUGACUAUUAAUUUUCAUGAAUAGUCAGUUAUUUUUGUACAUUUUAAAAGAUAUAAAUUUGUAUCAUAGGGAACCUACUUUGAUGCUUCAGAGGUUGAUUUGUGAUUUGAAGCAAAUGCAGCAACUAAUACUGAUAUUGCUGCUCUUUUCAUCAGCCUAUUUUGGCGCCACGUUUAACAGCUUCAUCCAUGUCCUGAUGUAUUCGUAUUACGGCCUCUCUGCUGUCCCAGCCAUGAGACCGUAUCUGUGGUGGAAAAAGUACAUCACUCAAGGGCAGCUGGUCCAGUUUGUCCUGACCAUGUUCCAGACAUCUUGUGCUGUGGUCUGGCCAUGUGGUUUCCCAAUGGGCUGGCUGUAUUUCCAAAUCACUUAUAUGAUCACUCUUAUCUUACUCUUCUCAAACUUCUACAUAAAGACCUAUAAGAGCCGCAUGGGAUCUCGGAAGACCGAUCACUCGAACGGAUCAAUAAACGGUCACACUAAUGGAGUGACAUCCAAUGAGAAGGUUAAAUACAGGAAACCGCGCGCAGAUUGAUGACAGUUAAUCCACUUACAGUCCUGUUAUUGUUAUCAGCGCAGUAGAGGAGCUUCACGCAUGUCUAUCUAGUUACCACGCUACAGCCAUUUCACCUUUAAGAGUCUCCUCACAUUUUUGCACACUGCAACCUCACGUUAUUCAUAUUGAAUCCAAAACUUAGGAAGUAGGGUCCAAGUUAGAGUAUUUGAUGUUUUUCAUAUUUUUCAUUUUCUUGAAGAACAAAGAUGGCUAACCUUAAUACUGUACUAAUUUGCACUGGUGUUUUCACCAAGCUUGUUUGUAGACAUAGAGAAGAUUGUAUUAGAGAAAUUUGACAGGUAUACAGGAGUAUGUCACACUUAUGAGCUGAAUUAAACAGUAGUAGCCUAUACGAUGUUUCUUUAUAGCACAGGCAGAUAAUCUUACAAGACAGUACGUAACAGUCAUAACAAUACCUUUAGAAAAAUGGAAGACUAUUAGUUUUAUGGACUAAUCGAGCGAAUUUAGUGAAUUAAUGUAUGUUUACAGAAUAAAAUGGACUGUUUAUUUUAUAUUAACAUGGAUUUAGCACAAUUUGUUGUAGUGCUGUAUUGUAGGUGAAUCUCUUGAAAACAUGUCCGGGUUAUAUUUUACCCCAACUUACACUUUGUUUUUGUGUGUGUGUGUGUGUGUAUGUGUAUUUUUCAAUAUUCCUG